UUUGUAGCUACAAAUUCAAAUGUAUCCUUAUUUAAAUCAGUACAGUUCAAUUUAAUCAAAUUUAUCAACGAGUUCCAAAUAAACCAACAAUCACAAAGCAGUGCGUUUGCCAAUUUAAUACUCAAGAAAAACUCUGCAACACUUGGUUAUUGCCCUAGCAGCGCCUAGUGUAAUAAUUUCAAUUUAAAGGAACAAAAAAUCGUGCUUGAAUCUAUUUAAUACUCUGUAUCUAUAUAACAGUAUUUUAAGAAGAUUGUCAAACAAAAAAGGCAACAUAAAGAAGUUAUAAACACUAACCUAUUUGCCACAGUAGCACUACUAUUAUUUUGACCGCAACUGUAAGGGUGCGAAAGAAAAUUGCGUUUGGAAAAAUGAGUGUAAAUCUCCAAAUCGAGAAACUGGGGGAAAACAACUAUGACGUAUGGUCUUUGUAUGUGCGAAGUGUUCUCAUAACGACAGAUCUAUGGAACGUCGUAUGCGGAAAAUAUGUAAAGGCAGAAAAUGCCACCCCAGAAGAAGCGAAAAAAUGGGAAACUGUUGACCAGAAAGCGUUAGCAUGUUUAAUUUUAAACAUUACACCAACGCAGUUGAUGCACAUAAAGUCCUGCACAACCGCUGCAGAGGCAUGGACAAAGUUGCGGGACAUUCAUUUACCAGUAAGUCCAGUUAAGAAGGUACAGCACUAUCAAAAAUUGUUACGUUUAAACAUGCAGCAUGGCGAAAAUGUAGUUGACUAUGUGAAUGAGUUUGUCGCAACAGUCGACAAAUUAGCCGAAUUAGAAAUUCAAAUCGGGGACGAGCUACAAGUGGUAAUGUUGCUUUCAGGCCUUCCCGAUUCGUGGGAAAAUUUUAUUACCGCAAUUGAAACGAGGGACAAACUACCAACAUUCCAUACAGUCAAAGCGAAAAUUCUAGAAGAAGGGGCACGUAGGCAAGAAAAGGAACAUCGCAAAUGUACGCAAACGGUUUACGCAAAAGAUGCUAAUCAUUAUCAAAUAUCAUCCCGAAUAGGAGCUCCUAGAACAUUUCCUUUGCCGAAUAUAUUAGAGGUUUAGUCAGACAGACAGAAAACGGAAAGAAGUUAUUCAGGGCCUACUAUUUGGAUGAUCAGUGAUCACUAAUACACCUAUUUGUGAUACAAGAAGUAUUAAAUUACAUAGCAUGUAACAUAUAAUUGCAACAGAGUAUAAAUAUCCGAUAAUAAAUGUACCCUGAAAAUUAACUAUCAGUUAUAUAACUUGUAUUUACCCAACACCUCUGGAGUCUCGUUAUACAUAAUGUCUAGACAUUAUAUACAUACAUAUAUGGUGUAAAUCACUUAUUUUCUGAACUAUAUCGUAUGGCAACGUCAUCAUCAAGCUGAUUUUGACAUUUAUAUAUUUUUAUUUACAUUUGCACUGUAUACAAAAAUAAAUCAUAAUCGCAUCACAUCUUAAAAUUGCACAGAAAUCGACAAAGAAAUAAAAGUAAGGGCCUGAAAGCUACGAACGCAUAGUAAUAAUUAUUAAUCUACAUACGUGGCUCCAGUGCAAAUACCACAUAAGAAGGGCAAAGCAGACAGUGCACAGUAAUCGCUAGAUCGAUAGCAAAGUUUCCAUGACAGCAGAGCCAUAACACUGCCGUAGUUUUGCAGAUUUUUUUUAUAACAAAACAGCAAGCAAAUUCACAAAUAGAUACACAACACCUACGCUUACGGCAUAAAAAUGUUUUUGUUCGACUGGAUGCUGCAACGUAUUUUGCCAGUGAUCUUCCUUUAUCUAAGGCCGUUCAUUAAAUGGUUUUUGCACACAUUCACGAGACUAUGUGAGCUGCAACGCAUUGUAUAUGGUGCACAAGCCGGUGCAAGUCGCACACGUCAAGUUGAACGGUCGUUAAUGCUAUCACAAAAUGUCGAUAUACAGCAAUUACUGCGCGAAUUGGAUACUGCAGUAGAGACAUGUAGUGAAGAUGAACUACGCCAAUUACCUGUACGCGCUGUUAGUGUAGUACAACGCGUAAAGCGCAUAAAAUCAAAAAUCCAUCCUGACUUUGCGCCUCUCUUUGGCACUUGUGUACUGCACAUAUGGAGUUAUCGACAUCUGCUACAUCAGGUAGAACAGUUACGUGCAGAGCCAUACGAUGCAAAUAACUUGGAUCACGAACAGAAGUUAUUAGAAUUGUGGAACCGUUUGAUGCCAGAAGAACCACUCGAAGGACGCAUCACAAAGCAAUGGCAGGAUAUUGGCUUUCAGGGUGACGAUCCCAAAACGGACUUUCGUGGUAUGGGUGUACUUGGUUUGGAAAAUCUUCUCUUCUUCUCACGUGAAUACCGUGACGCAGCACAUCACGUCCUGUUACAUUCGAAACAUCCUGUAUAUGGUUAUACAUUCGCCAUAGUGGGUAUUAAUCUCACCGCGAUGGCAUAUCGCUUGCUCAAGUCUGGUGAUGCUAAAGUACAUUUCUAUAAUGUGGCGAAUUCACUUAAUCAGGCCUGCUCGCUUAUACAUUUUCAUAAAUUUUACUGCUAUUUACUUUUCGAAUUCGACCGGUUCUGGUUAGAAUCGGAACCAACGAAUAUAAUGGAUUUCCGUGAAAUAUAUCAACGCUUUGAAAUAUUAAUCAUGGAAGCUUUACAUAAUGACAAAACACUAUUCAAAACGAAUCUCGUAGUGGAGGAUGUUUAAAAGGUGAGACAACAACGUUUUAGCUAAUAACUAUAUAAAAUCUACAAUGUACAAUUUAAAAGAAUGUAUGUAAAAAUAAGUAAAAUUCUAGCACUAUUAAUUAAAUAUAAUUGAAUAAAUGUUUAAAUGCAAUAUUA